CGCUCUUUUAAGUUUGUUAAAGAUCGUGAACCUUAAUUUUGACAACAAUCCCAAAUAUUCUUAUCGUUAAUUCAUUAUUCGUCAACUCGCGUCCCGGAAGUUUAUUUUGAAUGGAAGGCGUGGAACUGAUGUGAUUUUUUUUUUCAAAUUUAAUGUAAUUUGUUAUCGAGUAACCUAACGUUUCCAAAAUUUAUUCAGUACCAAACUAUAAACCUCAAAAUGGAUAUCAUGGAAGUAGAUCUCCCUAAACCAAGUACUUCCACUUCGGCGUCAGUUGUAACCGACCCGAUGGAAGGAUCCUCAGGUACAAAUAACAGGUUUCCCCCUGUAACAUCUCAAUCUCAAACAAUAACCAUUAAAAACGAUUUAAAUAUGCCAUGGUUUGUAUUAUUAUCAAUACAUAAAUAAUAUAUUUUUGUUUGUGCUUAUGCUCUACUAUAAUACCUAAUACUUCCACUGUACAAAUUUAGGAUUGAAAAAUACCGUCCCAAAACUUUCUCAGACAUAGUUGGAAAUGAAGAGACUGUCAUGCGGCUUGAGAAGUUUUCUUCUUGUGGAAACGUGCCCAAUAUUAUUAUUGCAGUGAGUUGCAAAAAUCAAAUCUUCUACUAAACUACUACUUAAGUGUUGAAUUAAUCAAUUUUAUUAUUUAGGGUCCUCCUGGUGUAGGUAAAACCACAACAAUAUUAGCUCUGGCUAGAAUACUUUUGGGCAGUUCAUUCAAAGAAGCUGUAUUGGAAUUAAAUGCAUCCAAUGAUCGAGGUAUAGACACAGUACGAAACAAAAUCAAAAUGUUUGCCCAGCAAAAAGUCACGUUACCUCCUGGAAGGCAUAAAAUCAUUAUUUUGGAUGAAGCUGAUAGGUGACUAUUUGAUAAAAUUAUUUAAAAUUAUUUAAAUAAAAAUAUUAUUUAUUUUUUAGUAUGACUGAUGGAGCACAACAAGCACUUAGACGUACAAUGGAAUUGUGGAGUAAUACAACAAGAUUUGCCCUUGCUUGUAACAACAGUGAUAAAAUCAUUGAAGCAAUUCAGUCCCGUUGUGCCAUGCUAAGAUAUGGAAAACUUUCUGAUGAAGAAAUUAUGACACAGCUACUUAGAGUUUGUAAAGCCGAAAAGGUAUAUUUUUCUUGGCUUAUGUUAGGUUAUUAUGAAAAGUACAUACAUUGCUAUACAUUAAUUAAUAGAUAUCAUACGUUCCUGAUGGUUUGGAAGCUGUAGUUUUCACUGCUCAGGGAGACAUGCGACAAGCAUUGAACAAUUUGCAAUCUACAUGGAAUGGUUUUAGACAUGUUGACAGUACGAAUGUGUUUAAAGUUUGUGAUGAACCACAUCCUCUACUUGUUAAAGAAAUGUUAUUAGAAUGUGUUGACCAAAAUAUCUGCAAAGCAUACAAAGUAAAAAUAGCAAUAUUAAAACAUUGUUGAAAGAUUCUAAAAAUAAUAUUUUUUUCUAUGUAAAGAUAAUGGCCCAUCUUUGGAAACUUGGUUACGCCCCUGAAGAUAUCAUAACAAAUAUAUUUAGAGUUUCCAAACAUUUAGAAAUCAAGGAAUCUCUGAAAUUAAAAUUUGUACAGGUAUUUGUAUAGGUCUAUUUACUAAUGUAAAAUCAAAUAACAUAAUACAAUUUUAAAAACGUGUUUAUAUCAAAUUAAUAGAUAUAUCUGCACAAUGUUUAAAAUAAAUAAUUAAUAAAAUUUGUAUGAUGUGUUAAGCUGAUAUGGUCACCUAAUUUUCAUAGAAACUGCUUAAAUAAUUUUAAGAUUUAGCCAAAAGGAAUAUUAGAUCACUAAUAUUUGACUUAAUUACUGAAUGGAAAUUUAUUAUGUUAUUACAAAUUAUAUGUGUAUUUAUAUUUUCAGGAAAUUGGUAUGGUUCAUAUAAGAAUUGUGGAAGGAAUGAAUUCACUGCUUCAAUUAUCUGGAUUAUUGGCCAAAUUAUGUACAGUUGCUGCAAUGACUGAAAAAUAAAUUAGUUUAGUAAACAUUUUCUUAAAUUCAUUUUUACUAUAAAUUAAUUUUAAAACUGAUAUAUUUGUAAAUUUCAUAAUAAUGUAAUACUCAUUGAAAUAUAUUUUAUAACGUGUCAGUUUAAUUUAUUUUCUACAGAAAUUUAAACAAUAACUAGUUUGUAAUAAUUAUAUAUCAAUGUGUAAAUUUACAGUUAUUUUUAGUUAUAUUUAAAUGUAAUUUUUGAUUAUAAUGAAUAUAUUAUUAAAAUAACUUUACUCAUA